GGAGGCCGCGGCGGAAGAGAGGCCUUCCCGCCUCGGAGGAGGUUUCAGAAAGAUAUUGGACAGCUCUGGGUGAGCAGAAAACUGGAAGAGAUUAAAAAUGUCCAAAAUAACCACAGAAUUUCUGUUGGCAAGAGGAGUGCCCAAGUCCACAAGGCUGAGGAAGAUCAAAACUCUGAACCUCUCCAGAUUGCAAAUAACCACAGAAGAUUUGGAACCACAGUUAUUUUCUCAGCUGCGCCACCUCCAAGAGCUGGACCUGUCCGACAACCUGCUGGAGAAGCUUCCCGACAACCUGAGCCUGCCGAACCUCCGCAUCCUCAAUUGCAAUGACAAUCAGCUUAAAGAUGUGACUGCCUUGGAGCAGUUCCCACAGCUGAAAGUACUAAGCUAUGCGAACAAUGUAAACCUGACACCUAGCGAUGACUAUAAGGUCAUGUUUCUUCUGCGAAAUCUCCAGGAGCUGAAUGGCAAAGAUGUCACCAAGCUGGCCAAUCAUGUGAGGGUGAUCAACAGUCGUGAGCUGACCAGCAGGGUCACCGCUCACUGGGGGAAAAACUUCCGUAACCAGCUCCCUAAGACUUUGUCUCCUGAGCAGCUGAAAUCGAUCCGAAAAAAAUUUGUGAAGUCAGCGCAAGCCCACGUUGCGUAUGGACCCAGCUCGCUCAGCGACUUUACCCAAUGGCGGGUGGAAAUGAUUGCCGAGGAAUUCUUGACAUCGCUGAUAAAUCAAGAAGACAACCCUGCUCCUGAAGCAGGAAUAAAAACAGAGGAGGAGGAGGAGGAGAAAGAGGAGGAGGAGGAAGAAGAAGAAGGCAAAAUUGCAGAAAGUGUGGCUGAAAAUAAAGCUGCUUCUAAGGGCACAGUAACCCCCAGCAAGAGGAAAGGGGCUCGUUCCAAAGGAAGAGCUGCACGCAAAAGAUCCCGUUCCCAGAGCAGCUCUAAGGAGGAACCGUCUCCCAGCCCCAAGAAGACCAGCCGCCUGCAGGACGAGCGCAGUCCCGAGGAGCAGAGAGCGUCUCGCCCGCAGACCGAGCAAUCCCAGCCCGCCCUGGAUUCCGAAGGGGCUCAUCGGAACGGUGGGCGGCUUCCGAAAGCACGUAGCCAUAAAAGGUCCAGCCAGAAGAAGGAGGAGCACAAGGAAGAAGAAGAGGAGGAGGAGGAGGACGAGGAGGAGGAAGAGGAUGAAAAAGAUGGUUGUAGCACCCCAGACAAGGACUUGGAAGGCGAGGAGACAAUCACCCUGGAGCCCGUGCAUUUUCUGCAGUGUCACAGUAAAGGCAACAACAGAGACGACUUCAAAACCCAGCUGUGGGCCUGUGUCUUUGAGCCGCCACUGGACUGUGGGACAAGAAAAGAUCCCGUGGUGAGCUCGUCUAGGACAGCAGCAACCUGUGGCGGGGACUCUGUUUGUCUGGUCGACUGUGAGACUGGUAUCGUUUUGAAAAAGUACAAAGUGGCUGGAGAGGAGUUUUUCACUGUCACAUGGACAACCCUCACAAUGGUGACCAGCGAUGGGCGCAAAAAAAAGCACAACGUCCUGGCUGCCGCCGGGAGACGAGGCAUCGUGAAGCUGAUCCACGUGGCUGCCGACUAUUGCUAUGGAGAAAUAAAGGCCCACAAGAAGCCCAUCGCUACUGCCUGCUUCAGUCCGAUCAACGAAACACAUCUCUUCACUGCCUCCUAUGACAAGAAAAUAUGUGUGUGGGACAUUGGAGUGCCAGACUGCGACUACAAUUUCAAAGAAAGGCAGCUGAUGGUGCUGGAGACAGUGGCGACACCGUUGCGGAUUGCCCUGGUGCCCUCUUGCCCGGACCGGUACUUGGUGGCUGGCUGCGAGCAGGGCUGCUUUGCCUGGGAUAUUAGGGUGGAUGAGAAGCAACAGAAAAACAGACCUCAUGAAGUGGAAUUUCAGUUCCCAGAUGAUGAGGGGAACGAGACCUCUUCCCACCGGGUGGAUGGCCUGGCCUUUUUGAAUGAAGACAUUGUGGUCACCAAAAGUUCUAAGAUGGGGUCCAUAAACCUUUGGAGCUGGAGCCGCUCUUUCAAAGAACAAGGGAAAGGAUCGCGGAGGACGGUGCAGGCAGUCAUUCUGGCGGAACUGGAAUGGUCCCCAACAGACCUGCCUUACCUCACUCUCAGCACGUGCCCAACAGAAGAGUACGUAUUCUGUGGCGACGAGAAAGGAAGCGUGUGGCUUUACGACCUCAGUAACCACUUGUCGGCUCUGAGUGCUACCAAGGAAGACCGUGCGACCAAGAGAAUAGGACCCGCACAGGUUCUCAAGUGGCCGGAACUGAAAGCGAACGGAGAGCCUUUGACAGACGUCUUGGUGAACAAUGUGGUCGCCGACCCCUCCUUCACUUACCUGGUUGCUCUGACUGACGUAAACAUUGCUGCGAUAUGGAAGAAAGCCUAGCUGGCCUGGCUUGCUGCCGCCCCCAAAGGAGAGGAGCCUCAUUUUUCGUCCUGUCUCAGUAGUGCAGUAUUUGUGACCGUUCACAGAGAAUAACCAGAAGGGGAAGAUUUAAGUUCAUGUUAUCAAUGCAAGGAAAAUCAACAAAAAAGGGGUUGGCUAGAACCAUGUCUUGUUAUUGCCAAUACCUGCAUCUCUUAACUGUGAGUUUGCUUCAUUGGUGUACUAAGUGUAUUUGUUUUAUAGAAAGACAGUAUUUAAUAAAACUUGAUACCAGAUUA